UUGAUUUAAUUUAUGAUUGAAUAAUUAUAAGCACUAAACUAAAAAUAAGUACUUCCUUAAUCCAAAUUCACAAGAGCAAAAAGUUGGCAUUUCUGCAUUCAAAAAGCCUAGUGGCAUGUACUACUCUUCAGAUCUUUCUUCUCUUCCAUGUUAAGGACUUUUUAUGUCACACAACAAGCUACUAUGCCUGGAAAAACAGAUAAAGAUAUGCAUAAAGCGGUUGCGCGCUCAUCACAAGUAAAAAAUGUGUUGAGAAGAUUAGAGAAAACGAGAUCGAAGCUGAAAUCAAAAUCUCAUGGAAGGGCUACUCAUGCAUCGUCGUCAAAGAGAACAGCUGCUGGUGAAGGUAAGGAGAAGUGCUGUUCUGGAAAAAACAUACUCAAGAAAGAAAUUCCGCAAAAAGCUAAAUUGUCGAAGUUAGAACAUGACAACGUGGAUAUUGGGUCUGAAAAGUUAAAGAGAAGGAGAAGAAAAAGGAGAAGAAAACAUAAUGAAGAUCCAGAUGAUGUUUCACGUUUACAAAGGAGAACAAGAUACCUCUUGAUCAAGAUGAAGCUAGAGCAGAAUCUUAUUGAUGCUUAUUCUGCAGAAGGCUGGAAAGGUCAGAGUCGAGAAAAAAUUAGGCCAGAAAGAGAACUACAAAGAGCGAAGAAGCAAAUAUUAAAAUGCAAGCUUGGAAUAAGGGAGAUAGUUCACCGGCUGGAUUUGCUUAGCUCUGCUGGGCAGAUUGACGAUUCUGCUAUUGCUCCAGAUGGAUCUGUCCAUCAUGAACAUAUUAUCUGUGCCAAAUGCAAAUUGCAGGAAGCUUUCCCUGACAAUGAUAUCAUACUUUGUGAUGGUACAUGCAACUGCGCCUUCCAUCAAAAAUGUAUUGAUCCUCCACUAUCAACGGAAAAUAUACCGCCGGGUGAUGAAGGAUGGUUUUGCAAAUUUUGCAAGUGUAAAAUGGAAAUAAUAGAAGCAACAAAUGCUCAUCUUGGCACCCACUUUGCUGUGGACUGUAAUUGGGAGGAUAUCUUUAAGGAAGAAGCUCUUCUGCCCGAAGAUGGGGAGUCAUCGGUAUGCCCAGAACAAGACUGGCCAUCUGAUGACUCCAAAGAUGAUGACUAUGAUCCCGAAAAAGUUGCGAAUAGUCACAGUAGUAGUACUGAUAGCUUUGAGAGUGAUUCUUCCGGUGAAGCAAGCAGUGGAAGCAUAUUUGGAUCACUUGAGGAUGAAUUGUUAGCUUUAACAGGAAAGCCAGAAGACGGAAGCAGUGGAAAAGAUUAUUUGUCUGAACAAAUUGCUAGGAUGGAUUAUGAGGAAACUGACUUCGAAGUUCUAUCUGGCCCCAGACUGAGAAAAGCUGUUGAUUACAUCAAGUUAAAUGAUGAAAUGUUUGGAAAGCAUGUUCCUGGGAUUGAGCAAAAUAGUGAAGACGAAGAUUGGGGUCCAGGUAAAAGAAAGCGUAGACGGAAGGAGUCUGAAUCAGAUGCUGCAAGCACCCUUAUAACCCUCUUUGAAAGUGAGAGAAGUUGUCCAGAAAAAAUAGCGAAUGAACUGGAAAAAGAGUCUUGUGGUAGACCAGCCAAGAGAGAAAUAUUUAGGAUUCCUCCUGAUGCAGUCGAGGAACUUCGCCGUGUAUUUGCUGAGAAUGAACUUCCAUCUAGAGAAGUGCGGGUGAACCUCUCCAAGCAGCUGGGUAUUGAAUAUGAGAAGGUGAACAAAUGGUUCAAGAAUGCACGGUAUAUGGCCCUUAAAGCUAGAAAGGCUGAGAGCACAAAACUGUGCCAAGUUACUAGUCCUACAACAUCAGUAGAAUGCAUACCUGAGACUGUAACGGGUGAACCUGCAGAUCAUAUUUUGUCAAGUGAUGCAGAAGAAAAUGUAGCCACGGCACCUAAAGAUCUUGCGAAAUCACCUAAUGAAGAAACUGCCAACUUGGUGAUCCGUCCUUCCAAGAAAAAGCAUAACAAAAAAGCAGUAAAACCGUCAACAGACAAAGUAGAGACACUUGUAGAAUUUGGCGAUGACGUGAGCCUGAAACUACUGCGAGAGAGGGCAAAAAAAGAAAGGAGAAAACUCAAUUCCAAGGAAAGGGAAAGAAUACAAGAAGCUGAAGCUGAGAUGCAAAGGCUUUGUCGGAUCAAGGACAAAAUAGCAAGACUCCAGGACUUUUUACUAAGGUUUCCAAGUUGCAGAGGUAGAAGAGCGGAAGCUUCUAGUUUAGAUGAAACAUUGAUUGUCUUUGUACCUGUUGCAGAGUUAAAGGAGAAAAGGCGCAAUGCUCGAAGUGCAAACUCGAAAUGUGGGUACAUGAGUAUCUUGCAGUAUUCAAAAUUUUGAAUGUAAUGUGACCUCUUAGAUACAAGUAGGUCUUCGCAAUGUACCUUGUUUUCUACUGUGAAGUUGGACAAAUAUUUGUUAAUCUGCAAAAUGAUGCUAAGUAAUAGUAUUGUCAAUCGUCACACUCAUAUAUAUUAAGUUAUACGUCUAAAGAAUUAGUUACAUGAUACUUUUAGCUUUGGAAUCCUUCCCUGUGACAGGAUUUUACAUCAUUAGUGUGAUUUAAUGUGGGGUAAUUAAUUCAGUGUGAGUUGCUCUCUGCCGUCAUUCAAUGAAAAUAGAUAAGAGGCUCAAUUAACUAUUUUUUUCAGGUUACUAAUUCAUGCUUAUUACAUGCAGUGUA